GGCAGGCGCAAACGGUGAGUGGGCAAGGUUUAAAGGAGAGAUGCAGAGGCGUUUCAAGUUAGGGGACGACCUGCUCACAAAAGAAGACCUGGAAAUGUUGAGACGGGACGAGUUCUCCACGGUAGGAGCCUUUGCCACAGCAUUUGAGAAGAUGGCAAAGAAAGUCUCAGGGCUGGCAGAAGAAGAACAAUGUGCCACUUUCCUGGGGCACUUCAAGAACUGGGAAGCCUCGUCGCUUACCAAGAAAGCUGCGCCAGGAAAGAAACUGACUUGGGGUGCCAUAAAAGAAGGCGUGCUAGAGGGAGAAUUGGAACAGGUAGACAUCUUUCAGAUGAGACAGGCUAGGAAGAAAAGGAAGACUUUGGAUACUAUCACUAGUGAUGGGCGCGACUUCAAACAAAUGAUAGAAGAUGCUGUGGCCCAACACGAUGCAGAGAAGGAGGCAAAAAAAAAGACUAUGGCAGCGCCACAAGCCCAAGGGAAAGGAAAGAAGGUGGUAGUGCUAGAAGAGGAGGAGGAAGAAGAAGAGGAGCCUGAACCACAAAAGUUGACAAAGGCUCAAAGGAAGGCAAGGAACACGACUCAAGGGGGGCAAGGCUCAGGAAAAGGUCAAGCCCCGCAAGCUAUAGCGGCGCCACCCCCUGAGUCGUCCAGUCAAGCCGCACCAGCACCCUGUGGAUGGAAAGGAAAAUUAUCAUUGAUGUACCUUAUCGAUUCAGGCCCAGGGGCACAAAGCGGGUCGGGAAACCUGCCCGGAGUGAUUGUCACGGCGCCAACUCCUAGGUCUGGGAUGACCUUCAGGCCGCCGUCAAGAGCAGGAAGGGCAGCUUUGGCGGCACGCACUAGAUCGAAGGGAGCGCCCGACUCAAGCCAGCCCACUCAGGACAACCCGGGACCCAGUGGCGAGAAAGAGACGGUAGAGAUUCCAGAGGAUGAGGAGGACGAGGAUGAAAAGUUGAGGAAGGAAGAGGACAAGAAGGCUGAAGAGAGAGCCAAAAAGAGGGGCGCUAAAGCGAGCGCUGAUAAAAAGCAGGAGGGAAAGAAGAGAAAGUAUAAGGGGUUUGAGAUCAGGAAGCAGCCUGCAGAGGAGGCCUUCAAGUGUCAGAAGGUGGAAGAGAGGGCAAACGAGCAGAAGGAUGAGGAAAUCCCCCUACUAGAUAAGGAGAUGUUGCAGCCUAAGGAGGCUCUAGCAGGGACGGGGUCAGAGACUGGGAGGUUUGAGUGGAGGAUGCCCACAGUCUUGACACAUGAGGCGAGGCCACUAGCAGAGGAUGCGAUGGAUGAGGCUGCACUUCCCAUGACUCAGGGGGAGACUGUGGGGCGACAGGAGGUUCAGGAGAGUGUGGGACAGGCCAUGGCUGAGGCUGAGGAGAGGGAGGAGCGGGAGGUCUCUCAGAAGACCCCACCACCUCAGGAUAUGCCUCUGGUUGCAGGUCUGGAGGAUGCACUGGGAUCUUGGGCCACUGGAUCCGGGGCAGAGGAGCGAGUGAGUGAGCAGAUGGCGCAAACAGAUGACAGAGCAACAUGCCCCAUUCCCCCAGAGUACCCACAGCAGGAGGUCACCAGCGAGGCCACAGCAGCCCCCUCUUCUGUACCCUCCCAUGCAGCUGAUAAGAUGGAGCAGAAGAAGUUUGGAAGAUGCUUCUACUGCAAAAGAGGCAAGAGCCCACAAGAGACCUGUCCCAAAAGCCUCAAGGAUGAGGCCGAUGGUUUAUUUUCAUGGGAUCCAUCUGGCGUGCGCAGGGACAGAGAUGGGAACCUGAUCCUGAAGACUCGUGAUGGGAUACGGGCGCAGUUAUAUAGGCAACUGCAGGAGGACAUGAGUGAUCAGGAGUAGGAUUUACGAAUAGGGUCCGGAAAAGUC